AUGUUGUUGUUAGUUUCUCUUUCACACCAAGCUAAUGAAUGUGCUUCUAACAGUGAAUGCUUACCCAUCGCCGAUUGUCCCCUUAUCCGAGAUAAUUUUAAUUUAAUCAAAAGGAAACCCUACUGCAAUUUGGAUCAUCCCGGUGCACACGUAUGCUGUAGAAGAUCAUCACAAAAUUACACGGAACCGAAAUAUGUUGAUUUCCGCGUUGUAAGAGAGUGCAGAUCCUACGACGAUAUACCAAGUCUUCAAAAUCCAAUAGGAGCAGGAUGUAAUUAUACAUCUGGCUUUGUUGGUCGCGUAAAAGCGGAAUCUAAAGAGUUUCCUUUUGUGGCAGUAAUAUAUAACAAAAGAAGAGAGACAGGUGGCCGGCUUUGUAGCGGUGCAUUGAUUAGCAAAAAAUAUGUUUUAACAUCUGCUUACUGUUUCCUCGCCAGCCGUCCUGCGCUAAGCUGGGUGCGUUUAGGUGACUUGGAUUAUACUACUAAUACGGAUGAUGCUUUGCCGCAAGAUAUUCAAGUCAAAAAUUUUAUACCUCACCGUCAUUAUAACUCCACAAGACUAAUUAAAUACCAUGAUAUUGCGUUGAUUGAAAUGGCAAACGAGGCCAUAUUAAACGAUUACGUACGUCCUGCAUGUCUGUCUCUACUGGACGGCAACGAUUUUCAACAAUUUCUGACUGCCGGCUGGGGCUAUCCCUCGUCAGAACCGUCAUCCCAUUUACAUAAAGCGAAAUUAAAUCGUCUCGAUGAUGACAUAUGUUUUGGAAAACUCAGACGCCAUCAUUUGGAAAGAGGAAUUAACAAUCGUACAAAUAUCUGUGCGAACGGUGCUUGUGGCGGGGGCGGCGGUAGUCCACUGUUUGUUAAUCAUCCCGACUUUCCCUGUCAAUUCCUUAUAGUAGGUAUUGGGUCAUUCAGUCAAGAUGCUUGCAGCAGCUCAGGUAAUCCAACUGUUUACACCAGAAUCAAAUUAUAUAUCGAUUGGAUACAACGCAUCGUUUGGGAUUAA